UCCCUCCCUCUGCCAAAAUGUUCCGAGAGUUUGAACAUUCAGCCUGGCUGUAUGUGUGGACUGCGUGAGGCAACCAUCCGCCCCGAUAGAAUUACAUUGGCAAUCCACCCAAGUACAGAAACUGUAGAGGCUCCCAACGCCCGGCACAAAAAGGAACAUCGGGGCCGUCAGAAUGGCAGUGGAGGAAGAGGGGCUGCGGGUGUUCCAAAGCGUCAAAAUCAAAAUAGGAGAAGCGAAGAACCUACCUCCAUACCCAGGGCCCAACAAGAUGAGGGACUGCUACUGCACAGUGAACCUGGACCAAGAAGAGGUGUUCAGGACCAAAAUAAUAGAAAAGUCAUUAUGCCCCUUUUAUGGGGAAGACUUUUACUGUGAAAUCCCCAGGAGUUUUCGCCACCUGUCCUUUUACAUCUUCGAUAGGGAUGUCUUUAGAAGGGACUCCAUCAUCGGUAAGGUGGCUGUAAAGAAAGAAGACCUGCAGAAGUACCAUGGGCGGGACACCUGGUUUCAGUUCCAGCACGUGGACGCUGAUUCAGAAGUGCAGGGCAAGGUACACCUGGAACUUCGACUCAGUGAAGUCAUUACAGACAGUGGUGUCGUAUGCCAUAAGCUGGCAGCCAGAGUUUUAGAGUGCCAAGACUUGCCAAUAGUGAAUGGACAAUGUGAUCCCUAUGCCACUGUCACCUUAUUCGGGCCCUCCAGGUCUGAGGCGAAGAAGACGAAAGUGAAAAGAAAAACCAACAAUCCCCAAUUUGAUGAAGUGUUCUAUUUUGAGGUGACCAGGCCUUUAAGCUACACCAGACGAUCCCACUUCGAUGUUGAAGAAGAAGAUGUGGACAAGAUGGCAGUUAGAAUUGACUUAUGGAAUGCCAGUAACUUGAAGUUUGGGGAUGAAUUCCUUGGGGAAAUUAUAAUUCCAUUGAAGGUGCUUAGACAGUCCAGUGUCCACGAAGCAUGGUACUUUCUGCAGCCAAGGGACAACGGAAGCAAGUCUAUCAAGCCCGAUGACCUGGGCUCCCUCAGGUUGAACAUAGUUUACACAGAGGACCAUGUGUUCCCGGCAGAAUAUUACCGCCCUCUCAGAGAUUUGUUACUGAAAUCAGCAGAUGUUGAGCCAGUAUCUGCCUCUGCCGCUCACGUGUUGGGUGAGGUCUGCCGAGAAAAACAGGAAGCGGCCAUACCAUUGGUUAGGCUCUUUUUGCACUAUGGGAAGAUUGUGCCUUUUCUCAGUGCAAUUGCAAAUGCAGAAGUUAACAGAACUCUAGAUCCAAACACCAUUUUCAGAGGGAAUUCAUUAACAUCCAAGUGCAUUGAUGAGACAAUGAAACUGGCAGGGAUGCAUUAUUUACAAGUUACAUUGAAGCCAAUCAUAGACGAGAUUUGCGGAGACCACAAACCCUGUGAAAUUGACCCAGUGAAGUUAAAAGAUGCUGAAAACCUGGACAACAACAGGGAAAAUCUAAGGCACUAUGUCGACCGGAUUUUCACGGUGAUCACCAACUCUGGAGUCAGCUGCCCGACAGUCAUGUGUGACAUCUUCUUCUCUCUGAGAGAAUCUGCUGCCAAACGCUUCCAAGCCGAUCAAGAUGUGAGGUACACAGCUGUGAGCAGCUUCAUCUUUCUGAGGUUCUUUGCUCCGGCUAUCCUCUCCCCUAACCUUUUCCAUCUGCGCCCUCACCACCCGGACCCACAAACAUCCCGGACCUUGACCCUCAUCUCCAAAACUAUCCAGACGCUUGGAAGCUUAGCCAAAUCCAAAUCUGCUAGUUUUAAGGAAUCCUAUAUGGCUUCGUUCUAUGACUUUUUCAACGAGCACAAAUAUGCUGAUGCUGUAAAAAACUUCUUGGACUUGAUUUCAUCCUCUGGACGAAGAGACCACAAACGCAUAGAAACACCCAUCAUGCUGAAGGAAGGAUUCAUGAUUAAAAGAGCCCAAGGAAGGAAACGCUUCGGCAGGAAAAACUUUAAGAAGAGAUGGUUUUGCCUCACCAACCACGAGUUCAUGUAUCAUAAAAACAAAGUGGAUCAUCCGCUGUGUAAUAUCCCAAUCGAGAACAUCCUCGCUGUGGAGAAGCUUGAAGAAGAGUCUUUCAAAAUGAAAAACAUGUUCCAGGUGAUUCAGCCAGAACGAGCGCUGUACAUACAAGCUAAUAACUGUGUCGAAGCCAAGGACUGGAUCGACAUUCUCACGAAGGUCAGCCAGUGCAACAAGAAGCGGCUCUCGAUGUACCAUCCCUCCGCAUACCUCAACGGCCACUGGCUGUGCUGCAAAGCCUCUUCAGACUGCGCUGCUGGGUGCUCACCUUGUACAGGGGGGUUACCAGCAAACAUUCAGCUCGAUGUGGAUGGAGACAGAGAGACUGAGCGCAUUUACUCUCUCUUCAGCACGUACAUGAGCAAGUUGGACAAAAUGCAAGAGGCCUGUGGUAGUAAGUCUGUGUAUGACGGGCCGGAACAGGAAGAGUAUUCCGGCUUUGUGAUUGACGACCCCCAGGAGACGUACAAAACACUGAAGCUGCUGGCAGCCACCAUCCACACGCUAGAGCAGGAGCAUGCCCAGUACAAGAAGGACAAGUUCAUGAAGACCAAGUAUGGGAGCCAGGAGCAUCCCAUAGGAGACAAGAGUUUCCAAUGUUACAUCAGACAGCAGUCAGAGAGUUCGUCAUAUUCCAUCUGAAUGGGAGAAGAGCAAAAGUUUGAUUCUUAGAUCAAAACAUUAUCUUCCUGAAAAGGGUAGCAUAAUGUACAGGUCUAAAAAAAAAAAAGAAAAUGCUUUCUCCUUCGUAUGACUUACUAAAUGUUAUAUUUUUCACAAACUGUUACAGUAGUUGCUAAGCACUUUAGUCAUCUGCCUUUUGCAGAUGAUGUAACUCUUUGCCUUGGUGUUGUGUUUUUUUUUUUUAUUAUUAUUAUUUUAUACAUGCUUCAGUUUGAACGAUCAGUUAAAUGAUCACUGAAAACUGACGUUUUAGCAAAAUAAAUGUGUAAACUCCAUUGUAUUUCAAGAUCUCGGGACCAAGCCAACUUGUUGUAGGAGAGACACAAGCUUUAUACAGCGUUGUGGGCCAAACACCAUUUUUUUUUGUUUUGUUUGUUUUUCUUUUCCACUUCAAGAUUGCUUUUUCCUUUUUUUUUAUACCUCAAAAAUCAAAAUAUUAUUCCCCACAACUAUUAUGUGAACCAGGGUUUUUAACAGGUUGCAUUUCUUUGUCAUCACAAAAUGGUAUUUUAUUAGAGAGAGAGAGAGAGAGAGAGAGAGAGAGAGAGAGAGAGAGAGAGAGAGAGAGAGAGAGAGAGAGAGAGAGAGAGAGAGAGAGAGAAUAUGUUCUGUGUGUUAACUGUUGGAUUCUUGAGGCGUGUACAGGGGUGUGUGCAUUACCAUCAGUGCCAUACAGAAGACUGAAUAUACUUAGAUCAUCGGAGGAUGACGUUUUGUACACCAAGAACAUAAGGGACUUUUUACUUAAGGGGCUUUUUUUUGUGAAAGGAGGAAAAAAUACUGAAAGACAAUUCAAAUACUUUUUUUAAAGUUUUAGGAUUGGUUUGUUUUCUUUUCACAAAAAGUAAAGCACCAUAGAGUAAAUAUGUUUGAAAAUACUACCCACUGAGCUCUGUGUUUGUGUUCAUCAGGUAUUGACUGUUACAUAAAGUGUUCAGACUACAGUACUGAAUUGCACUAGCCAAGUGUUAACAUCAGCACUGUUAUGUUGUUGAACCAGCUCAGACAUUAAAAGCGCUGUUUUAAAAUGCAAUGCUGUGAAAAAACCACAGCAGUGUGGUAUUUCUAAACUGCUUUUUCAGAACCCCAGAAUGUUUUCUUAGAAUUGCCUCCUAAGCUGUAAAAAGGUAUUUGUUUGGGGUUUUUUUUGGAAAAGAGGGAGGAUGUAAAUGAUUUAUUUACAUCAAUUCUUUAAAGUUAUGUCAAAAGGGAUUAUUGUUAAUCUUGAGUUGGUUUAUGACAUACUGCUGCUGUGUUGUUUUUGCUUGAAAUUGGAGUCAUGGUCUCUGUAUCACACACAUGACAGAACAGUAUGCUGUCUCUAUGAAUAACAGUUUGUACAGAAUUCCAAAACUGUAGGAGGCUGUAUGGCAUUUUUCAUUAAGUUUUAAAAAAAUCUGUCAUUGGUCUAAUAUUAUUAAUACAGUACAAUUAAGCAUUUUGCUUUAAAAGGUGCCAAGGAGGCAGUAAUAAAAUAUAUAUAUUUUUAUAAGCGGUUUCUGUUUGGUCCAAAUCCCCAUAAAAUUCAAUUUUGGGUGAAUAAUAAACACAAAUUCUGUUUUCAACUUGAAAAGGUGUAGCUGCAUCAGAAAAAGUAUCCCUUUAAUGUUUUAUAAUAGUCAUAUUUUGACAGGUUUAAAGCUGUAAAAAUAAAUCUUAACAUUUUAUUUUUUUGAAAGUAUUAAAAAAAGAAAUAAAAUAUGAAGUUUGAAGAUAUGAAAAUAAGAAGUAUGUUUUAUUUACUUUGUUAAAUGAAGGCAAUUAUGUUAAUGGUAUAUGUGUGUACAUAUAAAACUAGCCAACUAGUGCAUCUUACCAGAAUGCUGUUCCAUUCGAUACCAGAAGGGAAAGGUCAGGUGCUGAGGACUGCAUCUGUUCCAGAACGUCACAGUGCUUCUGUCAUUAUAAGGCGUUUUUAGGGUUCAUUUGUAAAAUGAUGGUGUGUGUGUGUGUGUGCGAAUACUAAUCGUCUCCAAUGUAUUUUUACUUGCCAAUUAAAAGACAUUUAUCAUUUCUCA